AUGCUGACGACCUUUGCGCGCUCGCCGGUAAGUAGCCGUCUCGCCUGCGGCGUGCGGCAGCCGCGCUGGCUGCAUGCGGUCGCCAAGACGACGCAGUUCCACGUGGCGAUGCUGGACGGCAACGACGCGGGCAUUGCAGUGUUCACGAUGGACCGCCCCGACGCACGCAAUGCACUGGGCCGCCAGUUCAUGGCCGAGUUCCGCCACGCACUUGAGCGCGUCCGCUACGACUCGAGCGUCCGCGUGGUGAUCGUCCGCAGUGCGGUUCCCAACGUGUUUUGUGCGGGCGCAGACCUGAAGGAGCGUCUGCACAUGACGCCCGCCGAGGCGGCUGCAAGUUCCCGUGGCUACCGCACGGGGUUCACGGACCUCGAGCAACUGCCGAUGCCGACAAUUGCAGCGAUUGAAGGAGCGGCACUUGGCGGAGGUAUGGAGAUGGCACUGGCGUGCGACCUGCGCAUUGCGGGCGCCAGAGCGGUACUUGGCUUCCCCGAGACGUCGUUGGCGAUCCUGCCUGGAGCGGGUGGGACCCAGCGUGCUGCUCGCUUGCUUGGGAUUGCCAAAGCCAAGGAACUCAUCUUCACGAGCCGCCGUCUUCCUGCUGAAGCUGCUGAGAAGGUCGGCCUCGUGGACUACGCCGUGCCUGAAGACAAGGCGUAUGACAAAGCGCUGGAGAUCGCUCGUGAGAUUCUGCCCAAUGGGCCCGUUGGUGUCCGCAUGGCAAAAGAGGCCAUCAUGAAGGGAUCUGGAGUGGACCUUGCGACGGGAUUGGCCAUUGAGAACGCUUGCUAUGCGCAGGUGAUCCCGACGAAAGACCGCGUGGAAGGGCUGCGGGCGUUUAAGGAGAAACGCAAACCGCAGUAUACAGGCGAGUAA